AUAGUCCAGUCCGAACUAGUGCCUGCCGGUUACAGCCGUGCCCUGCGCCCAGGCUGCUGUUGCUGCUGCUGGUGCUGGUGCUCAGGUCUCGUCUCGCGUUGGACACCAGCCUCUCGUUGUCGAGCUGCAGGAGUGUGUGUCGCUGGUCGCGUUUCUCUCAGGAGCCAGGAGUUGGUGGUGCCUGCCUGUCGUGGUCGAGUCGAGGCAAGGCGAGCCUCCCGCGCCACCGCGCAUGCGCCGCGUCGGCCUACUGUACGCGCGCCUGCCACGUAUCGACCGGAGCCGAGCCAGCCGAGCCGGCGGGGCUGCACCUGGCCCCCCUCCACCACCUCCCGUCGACGCCGAGGUGCGGGCCGAGCCGCGGAGCGCGCGGAGCCAGCCAUGGCCGACGGCGAGAGGCCGCGUCGCCAGAGCUACGACAACAAGGCCGUGAGGGCGGCGUGGCGCUUCAGGCCCAACAAGAGCGUGCGGCUGCUGCCCGCCCCCGCGCCCUCGGCAGGGGUGUCGCCCGGCGCCGCGGCGCGCUGGGCGCGCGGGCUGCCGCUCGGCGAGCGCCGCAGCGCCUGGAACAACGACGAGGUCUUCUACAUGCUCAAGGUGUUCCGCGACAACAACAUCCCCGUGCGCCUGCUCAACCGGCGCGAGCAGUCGUACACGUACAAGUCGGUGCAGCGCGUCAUGGCGCUCAAGGGCUACUACAAGACGCCCGACGCCAUCCGCACCAAGUGGAAGCACCUCAAGGCCUUCUACAACGAGGCGCGCCGGCGCGACGCCCCGGACACGUUCUCGCACUACCACCAGGUCGCCGAGCUGCUCGAGCCCCUGCGGCAGGCCGGGCAGGGCAACAGCAGCGACGAGUCUCCGGACAGGGGCCCAGCAGCCGACCCCCCGGCGGCGGCCGUCAGGGAGGUCGUCGCCGAGGAGGUGCCGCCCGCCGAGGACGUGGGCGGCAAGUUCGCGUUCGUCUCGCCUGUUCCGGCUGCCGCCGCCGUCCCCGCCGCCUUGGCCGCCCCAGCACGCACUGCGCCCGGCCCAGACUCCGUCACGGGGGUCUCAUGGGACCCGCUCGUCGACGUGGAGGAGGUGGUCGUUGUGAAGGAGGAGGUCAUCGUGAAGGAGGAGGUGCUGUCUGACGACGACGCGCCCGUUGCUGUGGAGAAGACCGCCGCGGCGCCCGCGGCACCCGCCUCCGUGGCCAUCAAGCCUGCCCUGUCGACUCCACAGGCCAAGUUCCGCGUGGUCCCCAAGGCCCCCGGCGUACCCGGACGCCCGUACUACUUCGUCCUCCAGUCAGGUGAGCAGUGUGAUGGCGAGGAUCGAAGAGUAUCGGAGAGCCCUAUCGUCUUCCGGAAUGGAGGGCCGAGAGUUUCCUGGACGCUACCUCCCCAACCGGGGACCAAUGCCGUGGACGGCGCGCCGCAGCCCUCGGCCUCGGCGGGCCGGCCGCCAGCGCAGCCCAAGCAGCAGCUGGACGUGAAGCGGGAGCCGUUGUCGGCGUCGCCCCGCGAGCGGCCGUCGCCCAGCGGCCACCCGCAGCCCGCCAUGCCGUCCCCCGCGAGCCACCCCGCGUCCAUGUCGACGCCUCCCGGCCACCCCGCGGGGCUCCCGUCGGGUCACCCUGCCGCGCACCCCGGCCCCCCGCCCCCGCGCCGCUCCGCCCCCGCGCAGAUGCGGCCGCCGGGGCCGGGGCCCCAGGGUCCGCCCUCGCCGAGCCUGCCCCCGCAGACCGCCGCGCCGCCCCCGGAGGUGUGCCUCCGCUGGAACAGCUACCACUCAAACAUGCAGGCCACCUUCCCCUCGCUCCUCAACAACGAGCAGUUUGUGGACGUGACGCUCGCCUGCGAGGGCCACAGCAUCAAGUGCCACAAGGUCAUGCUUUCAGCAUGCAGUUCAUAUUUUGAAGAGCUUCUAAGUCAGAACCCUUGUCAACACCCUAUUGUCUUAAUGAAAGAUCUCCGCUUUUGGGAGGUCCAGGCGUUAGUUGACUUUAUGUAUAGGGGGGAGGUAAACGUCACUCAAGACAAGUUGCCUUCCCUUCUAGCUGCUGCAGAAGCUCUUCAAAUUAAAGGCUUGGCUGGCCCAGCUACAAAUUCUAAUGAUGGAGGGUCAAACUAUGAUGAAACUGUUAGAAACAAUGCUGCCCCACGAAGAAAACGACCAAGGCAGAUGACAGACCCCGCUGAACUACUUCCUCGGAAUCCUGUUGGGCGUCCAAGAAUUCAUCCUAAAGCCCCUCAGCGCCCUCAAGGACCUCCAUCAGCACAGCCUGGCAUGCCACCUCGAAUUCAAGUGAGACCAGAGCAACUUCUACAGAGACCAAUUCAGUUAGAUGAUGGACCCCCAGCACAGAGAAUUAAACAUUCUCCACCAGCUAGCCCAGCAGUUAAACCUGAACCCUUGGAAACCGACCUAAGCAAUGACUCAAUGGACAAGAUGCGUUAUGAUGUUGGCGAUUCUGGACGAUAUGAUGGUGCAGACUCUGGAGGCAGUGGUGAUGGCAGCAACCAUGGCGAUGCUCUUGUUGACCUCAGUCAAGGACGCUUCAGUAUAAACAAUGGCCUACAAGCUGAUCGAAAUCGAGACCAUUCGGACAAUGAACAUGAUGACGACAGGCAUAUGGAUGAUGAAGAAGAUCGCGACUUGGACCGUGGCCAGGAAAACGAUCGGAACCAACAUCAGCUUAGAGACCACCAUGACAUUGAACAAGAGAACGACCACGACGAUGACCACGAGAUGGACCAGGAUCAUGACAACGACCAGGAACGUGACAAUGACCAAGGAUUGAACAUGGGAGGCAGUGAAGAUGACCAAGACAUUCAUUCGUCGGAUGAAGACCAAUAUGACAAUGAACCUCAGCAUCCUCAGCAUCCUCACCCCCAGGACUCCAGACAACAGGGUGAACAUUUGCCAGAUCACUUAUUGGGACGAUUGUAACUGUCUCAGCAGAUUGGUAGUCUAUAGAAUUUAUACUUUUGUCUCGGAAGAUGACAUUGUGUUGUAUACCAUUUCAUGUUAUAAGCCUGUUUAUUUCAGGCCCUUAAUUUCUUUAUCUAUGACUGCUCUGGGAACCAAGUCCGGCAUUUGCCGUGGCACAUUGUUUUAGUGUAUAGUGUAUGUUGAAGUGUUGAACCAGUUUUAGUUAGUGCAAACUGUCAUAUUCCACUUAAGGAUUGUUAAUUUCUUGAACUUUAACUUAUUUGUUCUGUUGACCCAGCAAACCUAGCAAGGUUGUGCGUUGUACUUGUCUGUGUGUUCUGUGUACUGUAGUCAGAUGUUUACCAUAGCACCUUCAAGUUAAAACUUGGUAUGUGUUAUUUUAAUGUUUAGUGCAGCAUACCAACAAAAUGCUGGGUGUAUUUGGAUUGUUUGUAUGUAAAAUGUAUACAAUUCCAACUGUAUCAUAUUCCACUAAGGUAGAAUAAGUUAAUGCAGUAUAUAUGUUAUUUUUUCUUUCAAAAUGCCAUUGUUGAUGGGAUCCAUAGAUUACUCUGGAUCAGCACUGCCAAAGAGCAGCUGACGGAUAGGCAACCUUGUUGGUUGCUUUUAAUCCGCUGCACCUUGUCCCAACUGAGUUCAUAGUGAUUUUAUUUCAUGUUUUUAUUUUAUAUAUUUUUGAAAUAAUGUACCUAAGAAUUUCUUGCAUUAUGAUACCGAGUAUUAGUGUUCUGGCACUCAGUAUCAACACUUUGUUUGGUUGUCGUUGCUUCCAGUGUACUCAGGAUAGUGAUUGUUUAAGCUGUGUUUACAGCAGAUUGAAUGUACAGUUCAUUGCAUCAUUAAGUAUUUUUUCUUGUAAUUCAUUGUUAUGUAUGUUUUUUGUUUUAUUACAUUUUGAUAAGUCUGAAUGUCCCAACUUCAUCUAAGUUGAUCUUUUUUUUUUUUUGUUGUGUGUGGUUUCAUGACAUGUGCAUACCUUGUUAUUUAAUGUUGAACUUCAUAUAAAAAAUCUACAACUACAAAUAUUUUUAAUACUAAAAUUGCAAAAAUGCUGUCCCAAGGAGAAAAAGAAUUUCUCAAAUCCAUUCAUUUAAUUGGAAAAUUUCCUCCAAUGCUUUGCACAUGACAUUGUAGAGAAAUUCAUAUAGUUCUAAAUUGGUUCAAGAGUAACAAUGUGACUUCUUGAUCUGUGCUUUAGUAUUAUUUCAUUACAUUACCAAGAUUGUGUAAAUAUUGUGCAUGAGGGACAUGCGUUGGUUGAAUAAAAAAAAUCUUGUAUUUCUA